AUGCUCAUUUCACUUCUGGCGCUUCCGCUCGCGGCUGCGAGCACCCUUCCGACCUUCCAGCCCCGGGAUACCCCCUUCGCUGCACUGUUCAAGCGCGAUGGCCCCGUCCCCGAUCCCAACGCACCUGACUUUGCAAGUCACUACCCGCCCAACUGGAAGACGCCGAACGGGACAACCGUCCCCCAGGCGUGGAAGGACAAGCUCAACUCGAUCCAGCUCCCCGCAAACAACCCUGUCGCGACCAAGUCUCAGUCGAACGGCGGGUCAGGAUACGACGGCAUCGACAAGGGCGGUAACAAUCCCGACAUCUGCUCGUUCACAUGGGGCUGCAUCGCCAAGUCCGACUUCUUCGAGGCGCCCAACGGCACCUGGCUCCUCAACUUCGACGACGGGCCCACGCAGGACUCGCCGCGCCUCUACGAUUUCCUCCGGAGCAACCAGAUCGAGAAGAACGCCACGCACUUCAUGAUCGGGUCCAACAUCCAGAGCUGGCCAAAGACAAUGCAGGAGGCGUUCAACCAGGGUGGCCACAUUGCCGUGCACACCUGGGCACACCCCAUGAUGACUACGCUGUCGAACGAGGAGGUCCUCGGUGAGCUCGGAUGGACCAUGCAGAUCAUCUCGGACCUGACGGGCGGGCGCCUACCCGCCUUCUGGCGCCCGCCCUACGGCGACGUCGACAACCGCGUCCGCGCCAUUGCCAAGCAGGUGUUCGGGAUGGAGACGGUCGUGUGGAACAAGGACACGAAUGACUGGAAGAUCGGAACCGCGAACACGACCGUCGACUCUGUCGACGAGGUCAUGCGCGGCUUCAUCACCGGCCCCAAGAGCCCCGGCAUCGUGCCGCUCGAGCACGAGCUCAACAACAACACCGUCCAGGUCUUCCUCAACUCGUACCCCCUCAUGAAGGAGAACGGGUGGACCGUCCUCACCGCCCCCGACGCUUACGGGCUCCAGUGGUACCAGAAUGCCAAUGGCAACCAGGGUCCCGUCCUCUCCGCCAUGAACGUCGGCCAGGUCCAGACAGCGCUCGUCGCCAGCGCCUCGUCGGCCAACCCGACCUCGGCCGUGCCCUCCACUGGUAGCGCGUCCGUCGCCGCCAAUGCGACCGGCUCUGCCGCCGCCCAGUCGGCCAAGACGUCGCCAAGCACUCAGCAGGGCAACAAGAACAGCUCCGGAGCGCGUCUCGGCGUCUCCGCGGCCAUCUUCCUCCCCGCCCUCGCUCUCCUCCUCUAG